AUGACCUUUAGGCAGAAGAUUGGGUUGCGACGUGGAUCGAAAAGCAGCAGAGUUUUUUCAGAAAAUGAAAGCUCGAGAGCUACAUCCAUUGCAGAAGACGGCGAGUCAAGUCUUAUGUCCUCGUCGGUCGAUAUAUCCAAACUUGCCAAAAAGCAAUCUAGCAGGAGUCUCAAUAUACUGCACAGUAUGGGUCACUCUCGUCAAGCGCUCGCUGAACCGGCGAAUGAUACUGGCAUUGAGAACUCUCCGGAUGAUUCAAGCCACCAAAAAGCUCAACCGGCUCAUACAGUCUCGAGCUCGCCAGAGCAACCAAUUUCUGAGCGCAAGCAAAGAAUCAAUUUGGUCGGCCCUAUCGGCCAUCCGGACGUGCAAAUGGACGAUGUAACGGAGGAUGGCCGGGUACCAUCCACCGAAGCUGUAAAUAAUCCUGUGCAGCCAGUUCAUGUAUCAGGCCAAAUUCCGGAUGUUUCCGAGUCGAAUAUCUCCGAGGUCUCUUCAUUGUCUGAUCGUCAUGCUAUUGAUCCAUUGGAACUAGAGCAAGAAGAGCUGCUGAAAGGCGAUUCUUCAGCAAACAAGUUCUCGCUAGUUGCUGUUACACUCAAAGAAGCCGCUUUGGAUUCGCCCACCUUCCGCGCUAGUUUCAAUCAUUUGAAUCACGAGAUCAAUGACAUGCUUGAAUGGUGUACCAAAUUACAAAAGCGUACUAGUGAGCUUAAUGCUUCUAUGGAUACUAUGCGUGAACUCGCAAAUAAUAUUAUCGUUAUGUUUGUGCCCAAUUUUGCUUUCCAGGGCUUGCUGGGCCAAGAUUACACGACUUUGGCUUUUGUGCGAUACUCUCAGAGCAUCAAAGCCGUUUGGACUGAAAUUAUUGGCCGUCUUCACACCCAUCAGGAACAGCUGAAGGAACAUCUUCGCAGAAUUUCAGAGGCUUACAAGCCCUACAAGGUCCAGUUUGAAAAGUUCACCGCGGCCCAAGCUGCUUAUGAUCAGGCUCACGCUAGUUUUAUGGCAAUGGAUAAAAACGACCCCCCAUUAGAGCUUCAAAAGGCCCAGAAACAUGUCGCAGAACUUCGCCGCGAGUAUCUUCUUGCUUCCAUCAAGCUCACCAACGUCAUGUCGCGGCUUCGUCUCGAGGCUACUGGCUCCUUCAUGUUGGCAUUUUCUGACCCAAUGCAAAUCUAUCGCAAAUCCUCAGUCGCAAACAUGGAAAAUGCAGUAGAUCUCCAUCGUCUCAGGCAGUGUGCUUUGACCAUGACUCGUGGUAAGAACCAUGUUAUGGAGGGCCUGGAGAUAGCAAGUCGAAGGCUGGAGCAGCGUGCCGGCGAGAGUGAUACCACGGAGGAUAUUACGGCAUUUACCCUUGAGACAUGUACUCUUCCAGCUGAUUUUACACCAAAGGUUACUGGUGACACACCCGUUGAACAAUUUGGUUGGGUUUUCAUCAAACACCCCAGCCACCGCAACCUUUGGGUACGUCGGUGGGCUUUCAUAAAAAAUGGUCUUUUCGGAUGGCUUGCUUUAUCUGCUGAUGGAUUUUAUGUUCUUGAAUCUGAUAAAGUGCCAGUUGCCAGCUGUGUGUUUGCAAGUGCUCCAGAAUAUAGCCGUCGGGGAUGUUUCACAGUGACCAAAGAGACCUUCAGGAUUGUUGUACAGGCUGAGACGAGAGCCGAGCUUGAGGAUUGGCUAACAGUAGCCGCUGCUGCCGCGAAAAUGCAUGCUAAGCUACCUUCUCGCCUUUCAGCGUGGGCCCCUGAGUUCGUUUCUAUUCAGCUCACAGAGUCUUCGGAUAAUGGAAGCCUGUCGCCUUCACAUUCAACUUCGUCGCGCCAUCACCACCACAGUGGUGAGAACUUCAAGCGGUUUGUGCGGCGUUCAACCGGACUUUCGAGACUGAAUUCGUUCUCUUCGAAAUCUGAGACCGAGUCUCUUGAGACCGAGGCAAGAGCCCCUGACCCGACAAAAGUUUUCCUUGAUCAUGACCUAAGUAACACUUUCAGCUUUUUGCUCAAAGUAGUUGGUUCGACCCAAUAUAUUGAUGGUCUCAGCACCCUGGCUCCUUCAUCUCAAAAUAUGCUUGCACCACCUAUAAUCCCCACUGUCCCUAUGCCUACAUCCAUGACAUCGUGGGCGGUUGUUGGUUAUUCCUUUUUGCAACCAGUCGGCUUCCCUAAUGCCCUCACGGCGAAUUUCUGGGGAUCUGUCAAUUGGAGAACUUACCGGGCUAGCCAGCAGUUCGCAGCGGAAUAUGUUCCAAAGGCCCCUCAAUAUCCCAGGUACUAUCCUAGGGAGCUUGUGGCUCAAGACAUGAUUCGGCGGGCGAUGUUUGAGAAUUUGAAUCUACCAAACGAGUAUGUUGUGACUGUGAUGCGAGGCUUUGUUCGACUGAAGGAAAAUCAGUGGGUUCCUUCCAGAAUGUACGCUACAAACCGUCGUAUACUUUUCCAGGUGUCCAUUUUCGACUAUGCAUCCUUACGAAGCGUUCGCUACAUGUCUAUUUUGGAUGUCGAGUGUAAGUCGUCAGUUGAUUUUGAUGAUCUACAGAUAAUUGUGCGUAACACAGAGAAAGAGAACGACGAGUCGAGCGAUUUACCUCCUUAUUCUACUUUCAUCAUGCGUAUGUUCAUUGACUCUGGGCCAUUGAUGCAGCGUCGCUUGCAGUAUUUGUUGGAUAACUUCAAGUCUCUCAAACCUGACAACCUUGAAGAAAUAAUCAAACAACUUGGUCGAAUUAAUACCGAGUAUGCCCAUGAUGUCAAGCAAAGACUCGUGCCAACAACCGCCGAGGAACAAGUUUUGGGAACAUUAUGGAGUGAUAUUGAUCGAGCAUUGAAGAGCCCCAACGCAACCGGGGCCACUUCAAUGGGUGAGAAAGACGCAGUCGAACUAGCCUCUGCACACAACUUGGGAAAUACCAUGAAGCACACUGUUUUAGAGCACAACUUCGCACUGUCGCCCCGAGCGCUCUUUCACACGAUGUUUGGUGAUCAUGAAACUGUGUUUAACCGGGAAGACAUGGAUCACCGCUUGUUCCAAAAGUUGGAGUCAGGGCAGUGGUACGACCAUAAUGGCGUUUUAGAACGUGUUGUCCAUGCAUGGAUUUCCGGUAUCAAAGAGAUUGCCUUCAAAAUGUACUGGGAUUCCAUGGUGCAAGAUUUUGUCCAGCGGAUCGAACGGAAAGACAGUGGCCACCUCUACAUUAUCUCGGAGCGCCGACCUGUCUUGAAGUUACCUCGCGGUGCAAAGUUCCACAUCACUGUACGAUAUGCCAUCGUCCGGCUGUCGAAUGGACAUUCGCGUUUGCAAAUGUACGCGGAUAUUCACUGGAAGAAAGGACAAGCCACAACAGCCAAGACACUUGAACGAGUCAUGCUCAAGUUGCUUCGCGAGGAAAUGGAGCUCACAUGCCAUAAUAUCGAAGAAGCCAUUGAGAGCAUGGAAGGGCAUGUCGAUGAGUAUUCUAUUAUCAAAAAGUUCGGUCGAAUCAAGGCCACGCAGGCGAUCGAGCGUCCACAGCAUGAAAACACAAUCAAUGUUCACCUCGGCCGCCGUACUUAUUUCUGGUAUGCCGUGAAGCUGCCCCUGAAUUGGCUCAUUAACUUUUCUGUUGUUAUUGGCAACGAGGUCGGUAGCUAUUUCGGUAAAGUGGCGAGCGUUGAUCGUGUCAUUCUGCUUGUUCUUUUGUUAUCUUUAGUGCUGAACGUUGUUUUGUUUGGAUCGUCAAGUUAUAACUACUGGCACGCCAAGUGGGAGGUUCGAGAAGCCAAUGCGUACGUCGACAAAAUCGUUCCUGCUAGUCCAACAGCGGGAUCUGUUUUCAAGAGAGCCAUUUACCUGCGCGAUGUUGACGACGCCAUCUCUGCUCGGGUUGUAACCAAAGAUAUCUUACCGGACAAUCUCUGUGCCGACAAGUUCCAAGAACUCUUGGGCACGACAAUUUAUGAAAACGAGGACCAGCUGACGCUGCGGCCCACUGUUGAUUACAAGUCGCACCAAGCCAUUGAGCAUAUUCAGGCCCUGCGUACAGGGCUUGCUAUAGAGCGCAACAAGCUUUUGACGGAACUACGCCUGCUUAGAGACGAGGAGUUCGAAAUCAUCCGUCUGGAGUUUGCCAACUGGCUGGAGACCGAGGUCGCACUUUGUGCUAAAGCGAGAUCGAUCAUCCCCGAUCUGAAUGUUGAUGCAUUCAACCAUAUCAAGCAAUACUGCUCCGAUUGUAAUGCAGCUGCAAAUUUCACUCUUCUCUAA